AAGCUCUAAGUGUCAUGCAGAGGAGGGUUGUUUUAGCUAAGACGUCAUGACCUGGACAAACCCCCUGACCCUUCUCCGGCACGGCUGGACGAGGCACUGGAACCCAGACAGACCCGUCAGGACGGUGGUCUCCAACUUACCCUUCGAAGAUCUGAAGAAACGUGAGCAGCCGAACCGCCGGUAUGAGGACAACGCCAUCAAAACCAACAAAUACAGACUGUGGUCUUUCAUCCCCAUGAACUUAUUCGAGCAGUUCCACCGUAUGGCCAACAUUUACUUUGUGGGCCUGGCCAUCUUGAAUUUCGUCCCGGUGGUGAACGCGUUCCAGCCGGAGGUGGCUCUCAUUCCCAUAUGUGUCAUCCUGGCACUGACCGCUGUUAAAGACGGUUGGGAGGACUUCCGGAGAUAUCAGACUGACCAACAGCUCAACAACACACCCUGCUUCAUAUUCAGCAGGAAGCAGAUGUGUUUCAUGGAGAGGAGAUGGAAAGAUGUCCGCGUGGGGGAUUUUGUGAGAGUGCUCUCUAACGAGAUCAUCCCAGCUGACAUCCUGCUCCUGCACACAUCCGACCCUGAUGGAGUGUGUCACAUGGAAACAGCCAAUCUGGACGGAGAGACCAGCCUCAAACAGAGGAAGGUGGUGCCAGGCUUUUCUGCUCUGGGUGAACCACUUCAACCUCAAACAUUUGACAGUUCUGUAGUGUGUGAAAACCCCAACAACAACCUCAACCUGUUCAAAGGUUAUGUGGAGAGGCCUGAUAAGAGGAGAACGGGCUUCGGCAUCGAUAGUCUUCUGUUGCGGGGCUGCACGGUGAGAAAUACUGAUGAUGCAGCUGGAAUAGUGGUGUACGCAGGACACGAAACCAAAUCCAUGUUAAACAACAGUGGGCCCAGGUACAAACGCAGCAAGAUCGAGAGGAAGAUGAAUACGGAUGUGCUCUUCUGCGUGGUUCUUCUAUUUUUCAUGUGUCUCAUCGGAGCCCUGGGCCAUGCGAUCUGGUUGGAAACGUUUACCAGCAAGCCCUCAUACAUCGUCCCUGAAAGUAAUGGCAAUUAUACUCCUUCAGUCCUAGCAGGAUUUUACAUGUUCUUCACCAUGAUCAUCUUACUACAGGUGAUGAUCCCUGUUUCACUGUACGUGUCCAUUGAGCUGGUGAAGAUGUGGCAGAUCUUCUUCAUCACUCAGGAUGUGGAACUGUAUGACGAGGAGCUGGACAGUCGGGUCCAGUGUCGUGCUUUGAACAUCACGGAGGACUUGGGACAGAUCCAAUACGUCUUCUCGGAUAAGACAGGGACGCUCACAGAAAACAAGAUGGUGUUCAGGCGCUGCUCCAUCAUAGGGACUGAAUACUGUCAUGAGGAGAACGCUGCUCGUUUGGCGGUCCUCAGUGGAGCAAAUGAAGAGGAGGAGGUCACUAUCUACCAACAGACAAAGCUUCCUCCGCUCUUCCCUCUGGAAGAAUUACAGGACGUCCACGCAGGAGACAAAAAUCACGCCAACACUCAAGUCACAGCUGCCAAUCGGCGCAGAUCAAAAGUGGAAGCAGGAGCCCAAAGUGACAUGGCCUUCAGCAGUCCUCUGGAAACAGUGGUGGUUCCAGACAGGAAGCUGAUGCUGGAGGUGGACCGUCAGAUGGCGAGCAUCCAGACCGGGCCCUACCUGGACUUUUUUCUGGCUUUGGCCAUCUGCAACACAGUGCUGGUUUCCUCAGUGACGGCCCAAAGACAGAGGGUCAAAGGGCGCCGUAACUCCUCAUACUCAGGAGGUUCAUUUCAUAACAUGCAGCAGUGGUUCAGAAAGUGUGCUCUGGGAAAAGUUUUCACCUCCAUGAAGUUCUUCAAGAGAGGCGGGGAGACACUCGCAGAUCCUUUCUCCACGGAUGAAGACGAGUCCGACGGGUUUCACAGCUCCGAUGUCUCAGACGCCACGGGGCAGAAGGGGAUUUCGAGUGAACGCAAGGUUAAAAGCAGUCCGUCUGGGUCAGAGGAGGUGUGUUACGAGGCCCACAGCCCAGAUGAGGCCGCUCUCAUACACGCUGCAAAGGCUUAUGGGUUCAGCAUGGUGGAGCGCACUCCUCAUUAUGUGACUGUCAAGCUGCCCAAUGAAGCGCUGCUGAAGUUUGAGGUGUUGGACAUCCUGACCUUCGACUCCACGAGGAGGAGGAUGUCCAUCAUAGUGCGACAUCCACACACUAAAGAAAUCACCAUGUACACGAAAGGAGCUGAUUCAGCCGUCAUGGAGAGACUGGGGAAUGUGUUUUCAGUGGAUAGUGAGGAGAAGCAAAUUGCUGUAAAAACCCAAAAAGACCUUGACAUGUAUGCCAGGAAUGGAUUACGGACGCUGUGCUUUGCCAAAAAGGUCAUCAGUGAGCAGGAGUUCAGGGCCUGGUCUGCUGUCAGACAGGAGGCGCUGUCAGCCAUGGAUGAGAAAGAGGAGCGUCUCAUGGAAACCGCAAACUUCAUCGAAAGCAACUUCACUUUGCUGGGGGCCACCGGCAUUGAGGACCGUCUCCAAGAAAGUGUCCCAGAAACCAUCCAGGCUCUGAGACGAGCUGGCAUGCAGAUAUGGGUGCUGACAGGGGACAAACCCGAGACGGCCAUCAACAUCGCAUACUCCUGCAAGCUGCUCGAGCAUGAGGACCUGGUGUUCACCUUCAGCACCAACAGGAAGUCUGUGUGUAAAAUGAGGCUGGAAGACACACUGGGAGAGCUGCGACGGAGCACGCUGGCACCCGGAGCGGACCAUCAGUUCAGGGGUUAUAACUCAGCAUUUACUGGCCCACUGAUGGAGCCCAGCAUCGGGCUGGUGAUAGACGGGCUGACUCUGAGCAUGGCCAUGUCAGACGAGCUGGUGGAGCAGUUUGUGGAGCUCUGCAAACACUGUCGUGCGGUGCUUUGCUGUCGAGUGACGCCGCUGCAGAAGAGCGCCGUGGUUAAACUCAUACAGCAGAAACUGAGGGUCAUGACCCUCGCCGUAGGUGACGGCGCCAAUGAUGUGAACAUGAUUCAAGCUGCAGACGUUGGUAUUGGAGUUUCUGGACAGGAGGGGAUGCAGGCUGUCAUGGCCAGUGAUUUUGCCAUCACGCGCUUCAAACACCUGCAAAGACUGCUGCUGGUUCACGGACACUGGUGCUACUCGAGACUGGCCAACAUGGUCAUCUAUUUCUUCUACAAGAAUGUGGCGUACGUGAAUCUGCUGUUCUGGUAUCAGUUCUUCUGUGGCUUCUCCGCCACAGCCAUGAUCGACUACUGGCUCAUGAUAUUUUUCAACCUGUUCUUCACCUCUGCUCCUCCCAUCAUGUUUGGGAUCAUGGACAAAGAGGUGUCAGACUCCACGUUACUGAGCCUGCCUGAGCUCUACAAGCGAGGACAGCACUCGGAGGGCUACAGGCGUUCGACAUUUUGGAUUGCGAUUCUCGAUGCUUUCUAUCAGAGUCUAGUGUGCUUCUUUAUUCCAUACUGGACGUACAAUGGUUCAGACAUCGGCAUAUUCGCGUUCGGCACUCCCAUGAACACAGUGUCUCUGUUCACCAUCAUCCUGCAUCUGGCCAUUGAGAUCAAGAGCUGGACAGCGGUGCAUUGGGUGAUCAUGAUCGGCAGUGUGCUGGUGUACUUCAUCAUGACUCUGGCCUACAGCGCCAUCUGCAUCAGCUGCAACCCUCCGUCUGACCCCUACUGGAUCAUGCACAAACAAAUGGCCGACCCCAUGUUCUACCUCGUCUGCAUUUUAACAACAGUUGUUGCUUUACUACCAAGGUAA